UGGUUUGGUAAGCCUUGGCUGCAGUCUUGCAAAUGCGGCGACAUGGGACGGUGACUUGCGCCGCACUGGGACUCUAAGUCUUCUGCUCUGUUUGGAUAGCGCCGGAGUUUGCCGGCGAGGCUCCUCCUCCUCCUCCUCCGGGAUCCCAUCCCCGAGGAAGCAGGUUGCUCCGCUUUUUGCCUUCUCCCGCCCUGCAAUCUGGGCCCCCACCAGCAGUCGAGGCAACAGCAGCCGCCGCCGCCGCCUCUCGGGUGUGAGUUGGAGCCAUGUGACUUGCCGGUGAGUUGGGGCGUGCGAUUGCCUCCUGCUUCAGAGCUACCUGAUCCGAAUACUAAGCAGAGCGAGCUGCCGAGGCUGCCUUCCGCUUGUGACACUCCGGAGAAGGAGCCGCCGCCGCCACUGCAGAGAGCGAGCGAGGGGUGCCCAUUCCAAAGGCGACGCCGAAGAUGGAGAUUAAAGACCAAGGAGCGCAAAUGGAGCCGCUGCUGCCCACGAGAAAUGAUGAAGAGGCAGUGGUGGACAGGGGUGGAACACGCUCCAUUCUCAAAACACAUUUCGAAAAGGAAGACCUGGAAGGUCACAGAACUUUGUUCAUUGGAGUUCAUGUGCCACUGGGUGGAAGAAAAAGUCAUCGACGUCAUAGGCAUCGUGGACACAAACACAGAAAGAGAGACAGGGAACGAGAUUCAGGAUUAGAAGAUGGAAGAGAGUCUCCUUCAUUUGACACCCCUUCACAGAGGGUACAGUUUAUUCUUGGAACAGAAGAUGACGACGAGGAGCACAUUCCUCACGACCUCUUCACAGAGCUUGACGAAAUGUGCUGGCGUGAAGGAGAGGAUGCUGAGUGGAGGGAGACGGCCAGGUGGUUGAAAUUUGAAGAAGAUGUUGAAGAUGGAGGAGAGAGGUGGAGUAAACCAUACGUUGCCACUUUGUCACUUCAUAGCUUGUUUGAGCUGAGAAGUUGUAUCCUCAAUGGCACUGUGCUGCUGGACAUGAGAGCAAAUUCUUUAGAAGAAAUUGCAGACAUGAUUCUGGAUCAGCAAGUAAGCUCAGGACAACUCAGUGAAGACUUUCGUCACAGAGUGCAUGAAGCUUUACUCAGACAGCACCAUCAUCAGAAUCAGAAGAAGCUAAGCAACAGGAUCCCCAUAGUCAGGUCCUUUGCUGACAUCGGCAAGAAACAAUCUGAACCUCAUUCCAUGGAUAAAAAUGCAGGUCAGAUUGUGUCCCCACAGUCUGCACCAGCCACAAUUGAAACAAAAAAUGAUGUGAGCAGAGAAAACAGCACUGUUGACUUCAGCAAGGGACUAGGAGACCAACAAAAAGGGCAUAACAGUAGUCUAUUUGGGAUGAAACAAAGACAUGAAAAAGGACAUCUGCAUCAGGAAGAGAGAGAGAGAGAGGUUGACCUGCAUUUCAUGAAGAAGAUUCCUCCUGGAGCUGAAGCUUCAAACAUAUUGGUUGGUGAGCUUGAGUUCCUGGACCGUGCUGUGGUUGCUUUUGUGCGAUUGGCUCCUGCGGUGCUGCUCUCAGGAUUAGCGGAAGUUCCGAUUCCCACAAGAUUUUUAUUUAUUCUUCUGGGACCACUAGGAAAAGGCCAACAGUACCAUGAGAUUGGCAGGUCAAUUGGAACUUUAAUGACCGAUGAGGUAUUUCAUGAUGUUGCCUAUAAAGCUAAAGAUCGUAGUGACUUGGUUGCUGGGAUUGAUGAGUUUCUUGAUCAGGUGACAGUUCUUCCUCCUGGAGAGUGGGACCCAACCAUUCGUAUAGAGCCUCCCAAAAAUGUUCCCUCUCAGGAGAAACGCAAGAUUCCAAGUGUGCCAAAUGGAACUGCAGCUCAUGGAGACCCAGAGCCACUUGGAGGGCACUCAGGACCAGAAUUACAGCGUACCGGCAGACUUUUUGGGGGCUUGAUUUUAGAUAUCAAGAGAAAAGCGCCAUUCUUUUUGAGUGACUUCACAGAUGCAUUCAGCUUGCAGUGUCUAGCUUCAUUUCUCUUUCUCUACUGUGCUUGUAUGUCUCCUGUUAUCACAUUUGGCGGUCUACUGGGAGAAGCAACUGAUGGUCGGAUAAGUGCAAUAGAAUCUUUGUUUGGUGCAUCUAUGACUGGAAUAGCCUACUCACUCUUCGGUGGGCAACCUCUUACUAUACUAGGUAGCACGGGGCCAGUUUUGGUAUUUGAAAAGAUAUUAUUCAAAUUUUGCAAGGAAUAUGGAUUGUCUUAUCUUUCUUUGAGAGCUAGCAUUGGUUUAUGGACUGCAAUUUUAUGUCUCAUCCUUGUUGCAACCGAUGCAAGUUCCCUUGUUUGCUACAUUACUCGGUUUACAGAAGAAGCGUUUGCAUCACUUAUCUGCAUCAUUUUCAUUUAUGAGGCCUUAGAAAAGCUCUAUCAUCUCAGCGAGACAUAUCCAAUCAACAUGCAUAAUAGUUUGGAACUAUUGACACAAUAUUCGUGCAGUUGUGUGGAGCCAGACAACCCCAGCAAUGGUACUUUGCAAUACUGGCAGUCCCAGAACCUCACUGCAUCUGAUAUUGCUUGGGGAAACUUAACCAAGACACAAUGUUCGACGUUACAAGGGAGCUUUGUAGGAAGAGCCUGUGGACAUCAUGGUCCUUACGUCCCAGAUGUUCUCUUCUGGUCAGUCAUCUUAUUCUUUUCUACAGUUACAUUGUCAUCCACAUUGAAGCAGUUCAAGACCAGUCGAUAUUUCCCAACCAAGGUGCGGUCUGUGGUGAGCGACUUUGCUGUCUUUCUAACCAUACUUUCCAUGGUUUUAAUUGACUAUGCCCUUGGGAUUCCAUCACCAAAACUUCAGGUUCCAAAUGCUUUCAAGCCCACCAGAGAUGAUCGUGGCUGGUUUAUCACACCUCUGGGUCCCAAUCCUUGGUGGACAGUGCUAGCUGCUGUAAUUCCAGCUCUACUUUGUACAAUUCUGAUAUUCAUGGACCAGCAGAUUACAGCUGUUAUUAUAAACAGAAAAGAACAUAAGCUAAAGAAAGGCUGCGGAUAUCACCUGGACUUGCUGAUGGUGGCUCUUAUGCUGGGAGUCUGCUCUCUUAUGGGACUGCCAUGGUUUGUUGCUGCCACCGUCCUCUCCAUUUCUCACGUGAACAGUUUGAAGCUGGAGUCUGAAUGUUCUGCUCCGGGAGAACAGCCCAAAUUUCUUGGCAUCCGGGAGCAAAGGGUCACAGGACUCAUGAUAUUCGUCCUUAUGGGCUCAUCAGUGUUUUUGACUAGUGUACUUAAGUUUAUUCCCAUGCCAGUGCUUUAUGGUGUAUUUCUUUAUAUGGGUGCCUCAUCUCUAAAAGGAAUUCAGCUCUUUGACAGAAUCAAGUUAUUCUGGAUGCCAGCCAAACACCAGCCAGAUUUCAUCUACCUGAGGCACGUUCCUCUUCGAAAGGUCCACCUCUUCACAGUAAUCCAGCUGAGCUGCCUUGUGCUACUAUGGGUUAUCAAGGUUUCAAGAGCGGCAAUUGUGUUUCCUAUGAUGGUCUUAGCAUUGGUGUUUGUCAGAAAACUCAUGGACUUAUUUUUCACCAAACGUGAACUGAGCUGGCUGGAUGAUUUGAUGCCAGAGAGCAAGAAAAAGAAACUAGAAGAUGCUGAAAAGGAGGAGGAACAAAGUAUGUUAGCAAUGGAAGAUGAAGGAGCUGUCCAGUUGCCACUAGAAGGGCACUACAGAGAUGAUCCAUCUGUAAUUAAUAUUUCUGACGAAAUGUCAAAAACAGCUGUCUGGAAGACACUCUUGAUAUCAUCAGAAAAUACCAAGGAUAAGGAGUCCAGCUUUCCUUCUAAAAGCACUGAAAGCCGAAGAGAGAAGAAAGCUGACUCAGGGAAAGGUGUGGACCGUGAGACUUGUCUAUGACUUGCUCUUCAGUUUAUUUUUACAAACAAAUGCGAGGAGUGCCACAAUCAUAACUAGACCUGAUAUGAUCAUGUCAUUGUACCACCUGUCCCUCCAUCCAAAGUAGCACUGGUAAUGUAAGUAGUGCAAUCUAUGCUUCAGUUCACUGUCUGUUCAUCUGCUCUGGCCAUAAUCCAUGCAGAAAUCAGCCAUAGCCAAUGAAAUGGAUCUUGCACUUUCCUUGCUGGGUUCCAGCCAUCUGAACCCAUGUCAUCCAUUCAAGAAGUGAACGACGUUUUCUUUCAAAUUUCUCUCUCAGUAGGUCUGGACUGUAUUUUCCUACUUUGGCUGUGUGAUUUAUUUUCAUAGCAUUUCCAUUUCAGAAAACAAAAAAACGAACUUGAAACAGCCCCCAAUUCUUUUUAUAGCUUAGCUUUCAGCCUGCUAUUUCAGAAGGCCGAUGAUAAGAAAGAAAUGUUAGUUUUAGAGCUAUUUUUAAAUGUGGAAUGGCUCGAUCCUGCAAACACUUCACCACAAGAAUGAGUUUUUCCCAGUUUAAAAUCAUGGCUUUGAGGUGUGUGUGUGUGUGUGUGUGUGUGUGUGUGCGCGCGCGCGCGCGCGUGUGUGUGUGUGAUUUACAGGAUCAGACCCUAUAUUUGUGCAAUUUUCCCUUGAUUUAAUACUGGAUAUUUAAUAUUUAAAUUUAUAUGUGACUGAAAAUAUAAUAUAUAAAGAUAUAUAGGAUAUAGUUAAUAUUCUCUCAUCUUGUUUGGAACAGUCACAUCCACUGAUGUGCAAUAUCCAUACAGUAUUUGUUGUGAAUGCAAGCUGUUAUUAUCAUAUCUUAUACUGUACUGUACUAAACGUUGCAGUGGUGAUUCCAACAGCUGCAUUGUGGUGGCAAAUAAUCCACAUUUUUUCUAGCUUUCUGGAUUAUAAACCUUGACAAAUGUGUGCAGUAAGAUUUUUACCCUUCCCACCCAGGGUGAUUGGUGGGACCACUGCUUGAAACCUCUGAAUACUGCCCUUAAAUUCCUACAUGAUGAUAUGCAUUUGUCUGGUCAUAGCCAAGUAUUGAUUUUAUCCAGAUAUAAAUCCUACAUAUAUAUUUUGCUAGAGGGCUCUUUUCAUUGUUUCAUCAACCACUGAGUUCUGUGGGGGAAAUUUAAGGAUGUGCUUAACCCUCCCAUUGAUACAGAGUAACAUGUAGUAUACCUUUGAUUUAUUAGUGACUGAAAUAUGCUUAGGAAUAUACUCUUUAUUCCACACUUCAAAUUAAGCUUGAGGUCAUGAAUUGGAGUUUUGGCACUGAUUUUAGAGGGCCAAGUUCUUGCCAUGAAGCCCCUGCUUUGCAAAAACCUGUGCUUGGCCUUUGAUAUGGAAAUUCAGUCCAACUGCUCCUGCCAACAAAGGCAAGCAAUGAAACAUGUUUGGACCUCAGACCCUUUUUUAUAUUUGCCAUAAUAGGUUUCUAUGAUGGUCCUAAGAUUUUAUUAUUUCGUCAAAGAACAGUUUUUAAUGAAUGAGCACAAUAAGAUCAACUCUUGGGCAGAAUCCAUCCCUUCCGCACAUGCAACUGCACAUGCAGGAAAGGAUCACUGUUCAUUGGUUUUUCUCCUGCCUUCUCAUUUCCUGAUCAAUUUCACAUGAGGAGGUGCCUAGUGCCACUUGUGUGGUAGUUGUUACCUUCCUUUGGCAGGCGGGCAAGUCUACCUUCCUUAUGCAUAUUCAGCCACACCGUCUCUCCCCAUAGCCAUGUGCAUAGAUGAUUCAUGCUUGGAACAUGUGUAGUUUGUGCAUGCAGCCUUGAAGAGGAGUGGGACAGCUGGGUCUUCAUAGGGCAGAUGUACAUGGUUCACCCAUUGAAGGUAGUAGAUUGAGGACUUUGCUGUGUGUCCCGUGCUACACACUCUCAGCCAAAGAAGUGGGGGGCGGUAUUAUGCAUGUGUGGGAGAAGAUGGAUGGUGUCCCUGGGAUUCAAAUAGAAGUGGAACAAUGACAAACAUUUUACCCAUUUUUCUAUGUGUCUUUAUUUUUAAACUUUUUAGGGGGGAAAUAGUAGUAUACUACAUAAAACCAGAUCUUCUCAAUGUGCCAGUGCUGUAGACUACCAGGAACAAACAUCUGUGCUAUUUCACUUUUGAGGGCUUUACAACCUAUCUCUGAAAUCUGUUUUUUACUCUAAAAUUGCCCUAAAUAGUAUAAUAAUCACCUCAACUGUGAGAUUGUGCAUGGCUCUAACAGUAAACAGAGUGGCUUGUGCCAACAGAGCUUAGGGAAUUUAGUGGAAAGUGAAAAUCAACCCCAUUGACAAUCCUUUGUGCAUCAAGGUGUACAUGGAGUUCAUUCUUCCAUGUGCGGAACUGAGCUCUCAGUCAACAUGAACAAGAUAUCCUGUGUGCGUGGGAAUGCCAGGUAUUCACUGUGGUGUUUGGUUCUCUUUCAUAAAGCUGCUUUUAUAGUUCUCUUGGCUGAAUUCCAUGGCCUCAAGUGUGUACAUGUUGCGCAUGGACAUGUGACAAAAGCCAGGAGCGGACAUCAUGCACAGUGGAAGAGCGGCAUGAGGGACCCACCGGGGCUGAUGCACAACAUGAAAAGCAGCCCCCACGGUGUUGCAGAGGUGGGGCGUUGUGCAACCACCUAAAACAGCGCACAGGCACUUAUGUCAUGCUGCUCCCAUUGCUCCCAUUAGAAGUAGUGCUGUAAAAGUGCCCACAUGUUGUUUAGGUCAUUGUGCAACUUCUGGCCUCUGCAGCACCACCAGGGCUGCCUUUCCCUUUGCACAGCAGCCCCAGUGUGUCCCUGAUGCUGGUGUGCCACGCUGUGGGAUCUCAGCCAGGGAUUCCCCAGGACUUGAAAAGGCGUGGUUUCUCUGAUAAAAACAACUCCAAAAUGGCUAACCACUUUGGCACAUCUGAUCAAUGCCGUUUAGACAAAGGAUGCUCCAGCUCACUGUGGACCCUGCUGGUUCAACAACUGACAGAGUAACCCUCAGCAUAGGUACCUACAGUGGGGGUUUGGGUGUGUUCUGAGGGAAACUGACCUGGUCUUUCAUUUGGGGACUCCCAUACUUCUGGUUGACCCUGCAUUGCCCAACCAGGAGCACUUAUCCAUUAAACCUUCAAAAUAUAUCUGCCAAGUAGGGUAGCAUGUAGCGUUUAUUCCAACUUUGUAGCUAGAAAACUGAGGUGGAGGAAACUGUGGCUUGCCAAAGGGUGCUCAUCAACAGUUGCAGCCCAUGCGGAGAUGUGCAGCACACUUCCUGGCUGCUAUCAGUGAGAGAUGAAUGGGCCAUCUCAGGCAGUACAAGUUUUGCUUCUGGCUCGACAGGUGAACACCUGUGUAGGCCACUAUAGGUAUAUGCACAGACUCAGAACCCCAGCUCUAACUCUGCAGUGGUAGCUGUAGUAAGCUGUCCUCGGUAGGGUGGCUGUGAAAUGCACCACAUACACACCUGCUCAGAAUGAGGUUGUUCAGUGACUACUAGGUUCUGGCUGUCCUGUUCCGUAUGCCUUGUAUUUCAUACACUAGAUCACACCAGCGACUCUUGUGCCAAAACAGGGCUAAGGCUGCAGUCCAUGUGUGCUCACUCGGGAGCAAGACUCAUUGGACUCUGAUUCUGUGAGACUUACUUCAGACCUGCAUCAGAUGCACUGAACAGUAGAUGGACAUAAUAAACAGCAUUGCUUCUAAGGUUGAUUUUGGUCCACAGAUUCUUCUCUUAAAAUGUUCUUCUUAGCAUCAUCCAAAUAUUCAGAUUCGUAUUAUGCUGAUAUUACCACAUACAAAGAAAAGACUUACAUUGAAUAAAAAUGCAUUUAUGAAUUUAGAUAAAAGUACGCUGCAAGAUAAAAAUGCUUUGUUAUUGUACUUGAUGAUCCAUUGUAACAUUCCAGUUGUUUGAAGGUGAGUCUAGUAUAGCAAUGCAGGGCGAGUUUGUUCCUGGAAAGAGACUGCUGGUGUUUUAAUAAGUUGCUGAUAUUCUGUAUCUAGGUGAUCAAAGAGAAUUAGAAAUCUCAUCUGUCUAGCUUUCUGGAUGCUAUGAAAUCAAUGUAUUCAAUUACAUUCUGCAUUUAUGUUCAGUAUUUUUGAGUAUUUUUUUUACAGUUAUUCUGUUUUUGUGUGAAUUUCAAUGUUACUUCAAUGCUAAUCCCAACGUUUUGAAAUUACAACAAAAGGAGAGUAAAAUGCAAUGAUAGUGUUAUAUUUACUUUUAAUUUCAUAUUUCCUGGUCACAAUUGCUGAAUUUCUUGGACGUAAUUUAUUACAAAGUUUAAGUAAUGUGUACAUGUGAAUAGAAUAUUGUGUUUUUCACAUCUUAAAGAGAUGUUAUGUGGAAAUAAAAUAUUUAUCCUAACUCUU